CAUAGAUGGUGUAUUUCCGGUGUAAGAUUUCACGUGUCUGCUUGUACUGAUGCUGUCAUAUCUGGUCUUGGUAUUCACACAAUGAAGUGGUCCCAUAUCGUUCUCAUCCUCACAGUCUUGGUCGUGGGGCUGAUGAGCAGUUCUUUACCAGCAGACGAUGAGGAUAGCCCGGAUGACCUUCAGGGUUCCGGAUCAGGAGAAGGUGAAACUCCAGGUGAAAGUGAAGGUGUUGGUUGGCUGUUCUACUUAAUGAUAGGCUCUGGGAGUGCAGCCGGUUUCAUCAUUGUGGUUGCUAUUGUUGUCUUCAUCCACAGAUUAAGAAAACCACAGGAAGCACAGCCAGAGAAACCUCUGGUUAAAAGUCAAAAGAGUAACAAAGUGCACGUGUAAUUACAAACGGCCAGAUUUCAUGGGACAUGCAUCCACGAUCGUGAUCAUGAAUUCGACGCAAGGAUUAUUCCAUAAUUGUUUAACAGACACAGAAUGAAGACAUUGUUGAGAAAUUAUCACUUGGUGACAUAAAAGAAAGAACACUCUUUGAAUUUUAUG